CUCUAAAAUCAAAUCCAAGUCGCAGGCACUGACACUCCACGAAGCAGACGUGCGUGCUCAUUUCCUUCGUUGACGCUCUCCCUCAUCUCUCUCUCUCUCUCUCUCUCAAACUGAACAUUGACAUACUGAUUUUAUAGCAUUGCGUGAGAGGAAAAGCUUUCGAGGAGAAGAAAUGGCGGAUCAGCUGACCGACGAUCAGAUCUCCGAGUUCAAAGAAGCUUUCUCCCUAUUCGACAAAGACGGCGACGGCUGUAUAACUACCAAGGAGCUCGGGACUGUGAUGCGCUCUUUGGGACAGAACCCCACAGAGGCUGAACUUCAGGAUAUGAUCAAUGAGGUUGAUGCUGAUGGCAAUGGGACAAUUGACUUCCCUGAGUUCCUUAACCUGAUGGCUCGUAAGAUGAAGGAUACUGACUCCGAAGAGGAGCUUAAGGAAGCUUUCAGAGUUUUUGACAAGGAUCAGAAUGGAUUUAUUUCUGCAGCUGAACUUCGCCAUGUCAUGACGAAUCUUGGGGAGAAGCUGACUGAUGAGGAGGUCGAUGAGAUGAUCCGUGAGGCUGAUGUGGAUGGUGAUGGGCAGAUCAACUAUGAGGAGUUCGUCAAGGUCAUGAUGGCCAAGUGAGACUCGACCAACCUAAACUAAAUUUUUUUGGAGAAUUAAGAUUAACCAGAAAUGAAAUGGGGCAGAGAAGCUUGAUGCUGUCUCAGUUCUUCUAGGAUGUGCUUUUGGCAAUAGUAGCUUCUUGGGCGCUCACCUGUUCCUUUGUUUGCAUUUUCCCAGUGCUGUUCUCCAGUAUAUGCUUGUGGUCCAUGUACCUUGUCUCACUAUUUUCCGUUGUUAGUGUCUUCAACUAUUUUGUUUCCAGUAAUUUCUAUGAUGGACCUAGAACAUUUGGACAACUUGGGAUUUUUAUUUUUGUUCCCAGCGACAAAUUUGGUUAUUCCAAUCAUGUACUUUGUUCAUUUUUCCUU